AUGCCGCGUCGAUCGAUUUCGAAAUCGAGAAGCCGUUCCCGCUCUGGCGCUUCUCACUCUUCCUCCCAUCGUAAUCGGAGAGAGAGAGAAUCUCGAUCGCCGAUGACACCGAUCCAUGCUCGAACCUUGCCGGUUCAAGAUGAGGAGCAGCUAUCUCCAUCUCUCCAGCUGGUGAAUGCAACGUUGCCACGUGCAGAAGCAAAUACCGAAAAUAUGGAUUGCGGAGACGACACUUUGAUCUUAUAUAACGAUGUAACCUUACCUGAGGACAUCUUAAAGCUUAUGGGAAAAGAUGUAAAUACAGACCAAAGCGCUGUUUUUUCCCUGCACGAUCAACUUACUACGAUCUGGCAAACUAUUUUGACUAAUGGCUUGAAAAAAUCUGAUGCUCAAACGCUUUUUAAUGCAUACCAAACAUCAGAAAAACUAUCAUUCCUUAGACCUCUCGAAUUGAAUCCGGAAGUAAAGGCUGCCUCGUCAAAACAAAACAUCUCUGUGGACGCAUCUUAUGUCGAGAUGCAAAAUCAACUAGGAAAAGGCCUGGCUGCACUAGGUAGAUCAAUUUCCACGAUUCUCAUUGAUUUAGAACAUAUGCCAGAUCAAUUCAAGGGCGAUUUCCUUACUAAUCUAUGUGAUAGCGGACGAAUUCUAACGAAUCUCUUCCAUCGCAUGUCGGUUACACGAAAGAACCUUCUCGUUCCUGGUCUAAAAAUAUCUAAAGAACUGGCAGAUGACUGCCUACCCGGAGAAUUUCUUUUUGGUUCUAAUUUAACUCAGAAAUUAGACACAGCAAAAUCUCUUCUAAAUGUGAGUAAGGAUCUGAAACUCCCGACUUAUCAGAAUAAAGUGGGCGCUUCUAAACCAGCACUCGCUCCCAGAAGGGCACAAAAGGAGGAGGGGGACAAACCCGAGCUGUCUAUACAGAAACCUCAAGAUCAUCAGGGUCUUUAA